GAUCGGGCACCUCAACACAGAUGAAUCAAAGCCGGAAAAAAAUCGGCACGUCCACUCCGGCAACAUGGUGAGCUCACCACUCCAUCCCAACAAGCACCUCCUCAAAACCCUCUACCAGCUGCUUGUGAACAACUUCCUCGCCGUCGUCGUCGUGCCGGCGACAGCCGUCGGCGUUCUCCGCAAAGCCGCGCAACUCGGCCCCGACGAGCUACUCACCCGGCUCCAUGGCUUGCGGCAGGUCCACGUGUUCCUGGCCGUCUUCCUCCCGCUCGCCUUGGCCACCCUCUGCCUCAUGCGCCGCCCUCGCAGCGUGUACCUCGUGGACUACGCUUGCUGCCGGCCGAGACCCAAUUGCCGCGUAUCCAUGGGCUCCUUCACCGAGAACGCUCGCAACAUGCCGUACCUCGACGAUGGCAGCUUCCGCUUCUUGACGCGCAUGCUCGAGCGCUCGGGCCUCGGCGACCAGACGUACCUCCACCCUUCCUUGCACAAUAUCCCGCCGCGCUGCAGCCUGAGCGACAGCCGCGACGAGGCGGAGCAGGUCAUCUUUGCAGCCAUCGACGACCUGCUCGCCAAGACGGGCAUAAGUCCCGGAGCGAUCGACAUCAUCGUCACCAACUGCACCGCCUUCAACCCGACGCCGAGCUUCACCGACAUGAUUAUAAACAAGUACAAGCUCCGAAGCGACAUCCGGGACGCCCACAUCUCCGGGAUGGGGUGCAGCGCGGGGGUGAUCUCCAUGGAGGUCGCGAGGAACCUCCUGCGGGCGGCGCCGCGUGGCGCGCACGCCCUGGUGGUGUCCACGGAGACCACCUCGCUCAUCAAUUACACGGGGAAGAACCGCGCGAUGCUGCUGCCAGCCGUCCUGUUCCGCAUGGGCGCGGCCGCGGUGCUGCUGUCGACGUCCAAGUCUACGUCCCGGUUCAGGCUCACGCACGUCGUGCGGACGCUCACCGCCGCGCAGGACAGAGCUUACCGGUGCGCGUACCAGGAGGAGGACGAGGAGGGACAGACGGGAAUAAACCUGUCCAAGGACCUCGUGGCUAUCGCCGGCGAGACGCUCAAGGCAAACAUCGUCGCAAUAGGGUCGCUCGUCCUCCCGCCAUCGGAGAAGCUGCUCUUUGCGCUGUCGUUCGUUGCGCGGAAGGUGCUGAACAGAAAGACCAAGCUGUAUGUCCCCGAUUUCCGCACGGCCUUCCAGCACUUCUGCAUCCAUUCUGGUGGCCGGGCAGUGAUCGACGCGGUGCAAACUAGCUUAUGCUUAUCAGACGAGGACGUCGAGCCAUCACGGAUGACGCUUCACCGGUUCGGGAACACGUCCAGCAGCUCGUUGUGGUACGAGCUUGCAUACAUCGAGGCCAAGAGGCGGACGCGCAAGGGCGACCGUGUGUGGAUGGUCGGGUUCGGCUCUGGGUUCAAGUGCAACAGCGCCGUGUGGGAGUGCAUCAGGUCGCCCAGCAACAGCCCUAUUGGCGCGCCAUGGGCUGAUUCCAUCCAUCAUUAUCCUGUAUAGACAUCCCGGGAAAAGGAUAAGGAUCCGUUAACAUAGGAUCUCGGUCCGUUCAAAAAAUGUUAGUUUCAAGCAAAAAAGUUCCCACUGUGAUUUUCUAUAUAUAUUGAAAGCAUAGUAAAUAGUUUGUGUCA